UGGGUCAAGUUGUGGUUCUGGUGUGGGCUUCGGCGGAUAUGGAGAACACGUGCUAAGCUUAGCAGAACCCGGAUGUGGAUCGGUUGGUAUAGCGGUUCAUGAAAUGCUACACAGACUUGGACAAAGGCACGAGAAUGUUCGAAGUGAUCGGGAUCGGUAUGUCAGAAUUGUCUGGAAAAAUAUCAAUCCCGAUUCCAGGUAUCAUUACUACAAACGCCUGACCUACAAUAGGAACCCGUACGAUGUAGGAAGCAUAAUGCAUUCGAGUUUCGGCAGUGCAGUAGAACCAAGAGACAAAAAUCUGAAGUUUCUUUACUACCCGAACGGCCAGAUCUUAUCCUACUACGACCUAAAGGAUGUCCUGGAUCAGUAUGAAUGCACCGCUCAUUGUACCUCUCCUCCUGUCUGUGACAAUGGCGGUUACGUCAACGUCACGUGUAAGUGCAACUGUCCGGCGGGGUUUACUGGGAACACGUGUCAGACAGUGGUUACAGAUCCAGAUUGUGGUGGAUAUGUUUAUCUUAAGGAGAAUGACCUUGUUUUGGAGCCAAACAAAGAUGUAUCAGUUACUUCCCCUAAUUAUCCCGGCCCUAUUGGACAGGGCAAAAUUUGUAGAUGGGCAGUCAAGGCACCGGCAGGAUACAUAAUAAAAAUGACCAUAGAUGACCUCCAUAUGGCCUUUAACCCGAGAACAGUCCGCUGUUAUCAUUGGCUGGAGAUACAGUACAACCUUCCAGGACAACCAGGAAUCCGUCGUUGUGGUGACGUCGUUGGAGAAACCUUCCUGACGUCAGUAGAUUCACCCACGUUAAUGAUCGUAACCAUGGAUACCAAAUUUGCCGGCAGCAGGGCUACACAUAAAGGAUUCAAGCUUCAUUUUGAAAAAGAGAGGGAAGUCUGUAGAGACAACACCUGUCAGUAUGGAGUGUGUAUUCCCUCCGCGCUGAGAGCCUGUCAAUACAAGUGUGUGUGUCAGCCUGGGUACAAGGGGGACAACUGUGAACAGGUUAUCGACGGUGCUCAACUUAAAUGUACUUUUGAGAGGUUUGAGAAAUGUUUCUUCAGCAACAUCGAGGAAGGUGAUAACUUUCAAUGGGGACUUGGGUUUAAACAUAGUAUAUCCACAAGGCCAGAAGACGCUUACAGAGGAGCCAGGUUCUUAUUUGCUGAGAUGUCUUUACCACGAAAACAGGGGGAUAAGGCCAUCAUCAGAACAACAGUCCCCCUACCAGAACAGAACGGUUGCCUUUCUUUUGCGUACAGCAUGUUUGGUAGAAAUGUUUACAAGCUGUCGUUGUUUUACGAGGGAACAAACAUAAAUAAGACCUCAUUGUGGACAAAAGAAGGAAACCAAGGAUCUGAUUGGCUGACGGCAAAAGUUAAUGUUCCAGCAACAACGGGUCUAAAACUUUCGUUUGAGGCUAUUACAGGAGAUUCUUGGGAUGGUGACGUAGCACUCGAUGAGGUCACGUGGGAGACAGGGCAAUGUGACAUGACCAGUAAAAAGGAAUGUAUUGAGCCAGGGAAAGAGUAUGAAGGCACACGUGACUACACAAAACGCGGGGUCAAAUGUCAAGCCUGGGCAUCUAAUGAGCCACACAUAGUCACUUCAAAGUACACCUACCUUGCUAAUCAGUCUAAUUACUGUCGGAUCGCUGACGAGCCGGGGCCUUGGUGCUAUACCACGUCUAACUCCACACGGUGGGACUGGUGCGACGUACCAUACUGCUCUUCAACUGAGUGUGCUUAUACGCCGAACCAGGCCGACUACAGUGGGACCGUCAGUCACACAAAAACAGGACUUCCGUGUCAGAGAUGGGACUCGCAGACUCCACACACUCACUCCUAUAACAAUCUCGUGAAGGACGAGAACUACUGUAGGAACCCGGAUGGCAGUGCUGGGGCCUGGUGUUUUACACAAGAUACAGAUAUCCGCUGGGAGUUGUGCGAUGUCCAGCAAUGUGAGAAAAUUCAGCGCGACUGUCUUAUGACCGGCAGAGGGUUAGACUAUGCUGGAACUACUUCUACAACUGCUUCUGGGAAAACGUGUCUUAACUGGCCAGAUGAAUCUAUGACGGGGGAUGCUAAUUACUGCAGGAACCCCGACCUGUCAUCUAAACCCUGGUGUUAUGUACAAGGAGAAAACGGCCCAAAGAAAGAAUAUUGUGAAAUAAAAUCAUGUGCGGAUUCGCCGUGUUUUCCCAAUCCCUGUAAGAACAGAGGCCAUUGUGAGGUGGACGGAGCAUCCUAUAACUGUACCUGUCUGGAGGGAUUCAGAGGAAAUCAAUGUGAAAUACAAGAUCUGCUGGAAGAGGCCGACUGUAAACGAACUACCACAGGGUGGGACUAUCGCGGGAGGAUCAACGUGACAAAAUCUGGGCGGAUCUGCCAGGCGUGGGCGUCCCAGACUCCUCAUGCACAUUCCGUAGGGACGACCAGAGCUGAGAACUACUGUAGAAAUCCCGAUAAAGAGCCAGCGCCGUGGUGCUACACCACUGAUCCAAACAAACGCUACGAGCUGUGUGAUGUUCCGGAUUGUGCGACCCCAGCCUUAGAAUGCCUCCCUACUUCUGAUCCUAAAGGUGAACGCUACUUCGGUAGACAUAAUGUUGCAGAUACUGGAGACUUGUGUCAAUCCUGGGCGAGCCAGACUCCUAACACACAUCGCUACUCCUACCUUAGUGACCAGGACAACUUCUGCAGGAACCCAGACGGCGAGCCCGUCCCCUGGUGUUACACCGUCAACCCGAAAGUUCGAUGGAGCUACUGUCAUAUUCCGUACUGUUGAUGAAUAUCUGUAAUAUUCUUUACUGUUCAUGAAUAAGGAGGAGUUAAUAUGAACAAUUAGUUUGUUUAACAAAGUGCUGUACUUUUCCUACGUUGAUU